AUGAAUGAGCUACCAGGCGAAGGAUGUCAAGCAGGCACAUGUACAUUCUAUCCAGACAACAGCUCGACUCGACGACACCCCGACGACCCGAAUUUCUCGACCGGGACGCAUAGGAGCCCGAACGACGACAUGAGCAGGAAAGGACGAGGGGCGACGAACCGAAUCGAGCUUGAGAUUUCGAUGACCGAGGACGAUGAGAGGAUGGAAGGAAAAGAGCAAGGAUGGAGAAGGAUAACGAAUUGGGAUUACACGAACGAUAUCGACGACUCAACCGAUUUUACGUACCGAGCACGACGAUUUGUUCAAACGUACCGAUCAUAUAUCGCCAUUCGUUCGACGACACACGAUAGACUAUCAUACCCCGAUGCAGCGACUAGGAAUGGGACAGCCAUGAAUGGGACAGCCGAUGAUACUGGGGCACGGACGGAUGUGGAUAUGGACUGGAAGGAAGAUCGGAAUGGAGAGGCUAAUGCGGUUCGAUAA